UAAUACACCUCAAAAAAAAAAAAAAAUGUUCAAGUUGGUCAUUAUUGCAACAAUGGUGAUUGCCAGCCAGGCAGUAUAUAUUGCUCACAAUGGCUAUAAUGACUAUGGAUAUGGGUAUAAUGGACAUGAUCUCACCCAUGCUGCAAUUGUCGAGCCUGUACAGAGUCAAUUGGGUUACGGUUUAAAUCCUCACGUUUAUGCAGCUUAUGAAACUUAUCCAGCAUAUCCAUCCAUCCACCAUCAUGACCAGCAUGAUCAAGAUGAUCAUCAUGCACCUGCCAAGUAUUCCUUCAAUUACGGAGUAAAUGAUCCCCACACUGGUGAUGUAAAGAGCCAACACGAGGAGCGUGAUGGAGAUGUUGUGAAAGGAUCGUACAGCCUAAACGAGCCUGACGGCACAAUUCGCGUUGUUGACUACACAGCUGAUCCACACAAUGGAUUCAAUGCCGUUGUUAAGAAAAUUGGACAUGCCGUUCAUCCAACACCCAUUGUCAAGCACAUCGUGCCUCACUACCCGGCACAUCUACAUCUCACUCAAGAUUAUGGAUACUAGCAAUGAUAAUCCCGUAACAACCUUUACUCUUAACUUUAUUUUUUUUUUUAUAAAUGAGCUCAUGAUCAGUCAAUACUGCCUUCCGAAAAUAAAAUGAAAUA